AUGAGUGGAAGGCUGAUCAGCAUUACAAGAACGUUGCGGUCGUCACUGACCACAAAUAACUGGCACAAUCUUGGCAAAUUCGCCACCGGCGGAAACGCUCAACAAGAAAUACACUGGAAUAGCCUUAAAGCAAAUGAUUCCAACGUGACAAACGUGAUAGAAAACACUAAGAAGGAAUUAGAGACGCUGGACUGGGCGAAGUGGGAGGAAAGAAUAUCACACAAAAACAUACUGAGCCACAUGAAGAGCACGUACACAAGCACUAUGAAAACGCUGGACAGAGCGUUGUCAGACAAAGGAGAACCGCCGUACCUGAAGGAGGGGUGGGAAACAUACGAGGAAGUUAAGCAAGUGUGCUCGGAAGCGACGAAGGCGGCGGACAAGAUAAUAUCGGACGGAAUCAAGGCGCUGUGGAUAUCGCAGCACAAUCCACCAACAUGGAAGGUGGACACUAACGAGUGGCUUGAGAGUGACCAGUACUGGCAAGCGUUCGUGGAGAAGCACGCAAUGUAUUCGCAAUCAGGAACAAGUAACGACCCAGAGUCACCAUCGGAGAUAGAGGCUGUUAAAAAUAAGUGGAAUCUAAACAUGUUCAAAUUUAACGAAAGAACAGAUACGCCAAUGCUCUACGACUAUAUGCAUCAUAACCCAUCCUGGGAGUACUACGACAUAAACAGAAAACAGUUCUUUGAACACAUGGAAUACUUCCUGCUGAGAACAGGAGAAGAUUUUAGGAACUUCCCAGACGUGCCAAAAUGGAAAUGGCUAACACACAUUGAGGAUAUGAGAUUUAAGCAGUUUACAGUGGAAAUGUCAAGAAAACAUAAGAAACAAAUCGAAAAAUUGAGCAGAUAUGAAAAGACGGAUUUAGGACCAGAAGAACACGAAAGUGAAGAGGAAGUUAAUAUGCAGCUGUUAUUAGGAGAAAAGAAUGACACUGAGAAGGUGUUAGCAAGACUAUUAGGAGGAUACGGGUUCCUAGUGGAUCCAUUGGUGCCAAUACAGAACCUAUUUCAACUUAGUUACGUACUGUCGAAGGACAAUUACAGCGCACACAAGAAGACGAAGGUGUAUAGCCUGGGAGAUGACGUGCCGUACUUGUACGUGUUGCCGCACGGAGACGGAGUCAGUGAAGUGGCAGAUCGAGUGACGAGCACAGAUGGUGCAAGCGAGGCAGUCACGACGACAGCCAGGGCAAGUAGCGUAGACAAGGGGCCAAUGUACAGCUUGUACAGCCUCAUGGACUACCUAAACUUGAGUAACGUAAAGGUUAACCCGAGUUACGCAACAAGGCUGCAACUUAAGUGCCAAGUAAUGCACGAGAGAGGGCCGAAUUGGCUGAAACUGCAAAACGAAAACACCGGUGAAGCAUUUUUGAGAAGGCUUAGGUACGACGAGCCACUUAAGCCAAUGUUCGAAGAGUACCUAAAGGAGCUGAAGGAAAAACUUAGAAACGCAAAAGAAGUGCCAGAGUCAGAAUGGAGUAGAUCACUACAGAGAAUAGAAACAUUAAACAAUGAUCUAGAAAGUGAAUUAAGUAAAGCAGAAGGAGGAAGUAGCAGUCAAGAAGAAGUGGGUGGAGUAACACCGGGGAAAGUUAGAGUGGAAGGAGUGGAGUUGAAGCACCUGGCUGAAACGAACAACAUAGUAGUGAAGGACAAAGAAGGAAACAGAAUUAACACGAGUGUAUUAAUAGGAAACUAG